AGUGUGGAGGAGACUGAGUAUUCUACCUUGUAAAUACUUUUAUUUGUAUAUACUGUACAUGAUGACGUCGGUGGGCAUGAACCAAACCAGGGGAAACUGGGAACAACAUCAAAACCAAAACCAGACACAGCACAAGCAACGGCCACAGGCCACUGCGGAACAAAUUCGACUUGCACAGAUGAUUUCAGACCAUAAUGAUGUUGACUUUGAGGAAAAGGUGAAACAAUUGAUUGAUAUCACAGGCAAGAACCAGGAUGAAUAUGUCAUUGCUUUGCAUGACUGCAAUGGAGAUGUCAACAGAGCCAUCAAUGUACUGCUGGAAGGAAACCCAGAUACGCAUUCCUGGGAGAUGGUUGGAAAGAAAGGAGUCUCAGGACAGAAGGAUGGUGGCCAAAUGGAAUCCAAUGAGGAAGGCAAAGAAAAUCGAGACCAGGACAGAGACUAUAGUCGGCGACGAGGUGGGCCACCAAGACGGGGAAGAGGCGCCAGCCUUGGACGAGAGUUUAAUCCAUAUAUUAUGGCUCCAGGGCUGUUACAUGCCUACCCACCACAAGUAUAUGGUUAUGAUGACUUGCAGAUGCUUCAGACAAGAUUUCCAUUGGAUUACUACAGCAUCCCAUUUCCUGCACCCACCACACUGCUGACUGGGAGGGAUGGUAGCCUGUCCAGCAACCCUUAUUCUGGUGACCUCACAAAGUUUGGCUGUGGGGAUGCCUCCUCCCCAGCCCUGGCCACUACCUUGGCCCAACCCCAACAGAACCAGACGCAGACUCACCACACCACGCAGCAGACAUUCCUGAACCCCGCGCUGCCUCCUGGCUACAGUUAUACCAGCCUGCCAUACUACACAGGGGUUCCGGGCCUCCCCAGCACCUUCCAGUAUGGGCCUGCUGUGUUCCCUGUGGCUCCUACCUCUUCCAAGCAGCAUGGUGUGAAUGUCAGUGUGAAUGCAUCGGCCACCCCUUUCCAACAGCCAAGUGGAUAUGGGUCUCAUGGAUAUAACACUGAUGUCUCAGUCACCUCCAGUAACACGGGCGUGCCAGAUAUCUCGGCUUCUGUGUACUCCAAAACCCAGCAAUCCUUUGAGAAACCAGGUUUUCAUUCCGGUGCUCCUGCUGUCUCCUUCAACUUGCCUUCAGCCCUAGGAAGUGGGGGGCCCAUCAAUCCAGCCACAGCUGCUGCCUACCUACCUGCCCCCUUUAUGCAAAUUCUGACCCCCCAUCAGCAGCUGCACUCCCAGAUCCUUCACCAUCACCUACAGCAGGAUGGCCAGACAGGACGUAGCCAGACCAGCUCCAUCCCGCAGAAGCCCCAGACCAUCAAGUCUGCCUACAACAGCUACACCUGGGGAGCCAACUGAGGCCCCAACCCUCUCUUCCUGGUCCCAUCUUCUGAGAGGGUUUCUCAGCCUGGCAACUAUGGAAACAGCAUCAAAGAGAGGAAUGUGGAGGGGGCCCCGCUGCCCCACCCUC